CAGUUCCAACGAUGGAUAUUCAUUGAAGAUACAUCAAAAGGAUUUGGGGUUCUCCCCUUGUCGCCGGACGAAUUGAAGCUCGCCGCCGCCGCCGCCCCCGUCCCUGCCUCACCUUCUUCCUACUCCCUCUCUCGCUAUUCCGGCGAGGGGAGGGGAUCCGCCUCGGCCGCCGCUCGAUCCGCACCCGUACCCGCUAACUCCUCCCCACCCCACCAACCGCGACCAAAGAAGGCGACCCGACCCGAUAUUGGUCAUUGGUCUUCCUCCUCCUCCCACCCCCGACCGGCGUCGCCUCGGCCUCGCCGCCGUCCCCUCCACGGAGUUUACGGGUCAAUCAGAUACUCGGAAUUUGGAUACAAAGCCAAGCACGUAUCAACAACCACUUGCCAUUGCCCCACACCCACCUCCUCGCCUGCUUCCCCGUCUUCCCCGGCAAUGGCGGCCGCGGCUCAAGCGACGGUGGCGCCAUCAAUCUCGUCAGUAGCCAGGCAACCUCAGCGAUUCCCUGCACCGAGUACUAGUGGGAAUUCGAAAUUUCCUCUAUUUAAAACAUCAUGCUUGGCAAUGAGCCAUGGCCUUGUAUCCAAUACUGCUGUGUCUUCACAACCAAAUGAUGGAGCUGCUAAACUCAUCCAGCCUGUAGUCAAAAUGUGUGGCAUCACAUCAGCUAAAGAUGCAGAAACGGCUUUGGAGGCCGGAGCUAAACUUAUUGGCAUGAUACUCUGGCCAAACUCCAAGCGUUCUGUUGCGUUAGCAGAAGCAAAAGAAAUAUCAAGAGUAGCACAGUCUUAUGGGGCUGAAUCAGUUGGUGUCUUUGUGGAUGAUGAUGAAGAGACCAUCUUACGAGUGUCUGAUUCAUGUGACCUUAAUCUAGUGCAGCUUCAUGGAGAUGAAUCUCGUUCAUUACUUCAUGUGCUAUCGAAGAACAAUCGCAUCAUUUAUGUUCUAAAUGCCAAUGACGACGGAAAGCUUAUCAACGCUCUUCCUGAUGAAAAAUAUGAGCUUGAUUGGUUCUUGGUGGAUAGUGCCAAAGGUGGAAGUGGCAAGGGAUUCAACUGGCAGAAGUUUCAGAUGCCGUCUGUUCGAAGCAAGAAUGGGUGGCUUUUAGCUGGAGGCCUUCACGCUGAUAAUGUUUGUGAUGCCUUUUAUGCCCUGAAACCAAAUGGAGUGGAUGUUAGCAGUGGAAUAUGUGCUCCUGAUGGUAUCAGAAAAGAUCCCACGAGGAUUUCUUCUUUCAUGAGAAAUGUUAAAUCCUUGGGCAGAUCACAAUGAUUAUUCUGGUGUUUGGAGGUUAACCUCAUUUUGUUUGCUUAAUGUGGAGAAUGAAGCAGAGUCUCUUCUGAAGCAAGCUGUUCAUUUAUUCAGCAUGGUAGUGGUAAAUGCCAUUGGGGUUAAAGUCGAAAUAGUGACCAAAUUUCUGAGGAUUUUGCUAGUGAUGCAGUAACUAAUAAGUGCACUCUCUGUGUCUCAAGUCGAAGGCAAAAUAAAUUGCAGAGUUGCCAUAGUUAGAGUUUGAUGUACUAUCAAUUGUAUGUUUUGAUCAAUGCAAUAAGGCUAGAGUAAUUUUCACCUUUUCCA